GUUCAACUGAAUGACAGAGAUCCUCUUGCGUGAAGCCAGUCGGUGUGAGCUUGGUACGACAAGGACGUUCGUAACCUACCCAUAAGGCUUUGCGGUGUGCGCAAAGGAUGCAGGGUAGUGAAGUCUUUGAAAGGUCAGGCUGAGGUUAGUUAUUUUGGAUGAGUUUGUGAGUUUAGCAAUAGUAUGAAGCUACUCGAGUUUAGACGGCCAUUUAUGAUAUGGUUAGCAGCAUAUUAAAAACAACCAUGAAGCUUUGCCGUCCUGUUGCUCCGGGGCCAGUGGGCCAGCCCUGAGGGGGAUCACUGCUGCUCAGGCUCAGUCGUGCUGCUUGGGCUGAGGUGACUGAGGAUGCAGCAAGGGAGCUGAGGAAGAGACUCCUGACACACACAUCCAGAGCUGCUGCUGCGCACUGCCCUCCAUCAGGGGGGACUCUCUAGUUGGCCUGGACCAUGAGCAAUGAGUCUACCUUCUGGAACAUCCUACCAGAAAACUCCACAGAGAUCCCAUUUGAGGCUGAGGAGCAGCAGGAUGGCUACGUGCUCCUCCUGGUGAUCCUGUCCAUCCUCCUGGUAGGAACGUUGAUCUUCAUCUCUGUCCUCCUCAUCACCUGCCGCAGAGGAGGCCAAUUCUGUGCCAGGGCCAGCGAUGACCCUGAGAAAACCAACACCACCUACGUGGAGGAGUCUCAGCCCACCCAUGAAAUCAUCAUCAGGGUGGAUGAGUCCGAAUGCAUGUCAAUGGCCAGCUUUCACGACCAGGAGACCGAGCGCUUCCUCUACGGAACAAUGGGCCGUCGCGUCUCCUUCAAUGAGGCUGCGCUCUUCGAUCAUGGCAAGAAGGCCCAGGAGAAGGGCCGCAGGUACACUCUGACCGAGGGCGACUUCCACCACCUGAAGAACGCCCGGCUCACACACCUCCACAUCCCUCCCCCCGCCCUCAAGAUAGUCACCAUCCACGAGUGCGAUUCGGCCGAGAACAGCAUCACCAUGACGACUCGCCCUGUCGCUAAGUCGGCACUUUCCAUCUUCCAGCCGAUGCUGUGCCCCCUACCACAAACUGCGCUGAUCAGCCUGAGUGUCAAUCCCAGCUGUGCCCUCCCUGGAGAUGCUCUGAACUCUGUGGUGAACACCAGCUUCAGUGAGAACACUAUCGCUCUCGGCACCAAAGAGCCAAUAACCAGCUCUAUCGAGAUGAUGGGAGCGGGGCCCCGGGGCCGAGGCAGCAGUGUCAGUGUUGGAGAAGGGGCCUUGGUGAGGAGUGGGGGUUCCCCUUAUGCGGCAGGAAGCCAGGGGCCUGUGCUGCAGUUCUUCACUAGACUGCGGCGCCAUGCUAGUCUGGAGGGGGCAAGUCCCUACUUCAAGAUCAAGAAAUGGAAGCUGGACAGCAGCCAGAGGGCCUCGAGUCUGGACACCAGAGGCUCCCCGAAGAGGAGACAUUUCCAGCGUCAACGAGCCGCCAGUGAGAGCAUGGACCAGGAGGACAACGACGCGCACCACAUAGACCUCAUCCAGUACAUCGCCACACAGGACCUCCCCUACUGUCCCAGCAGCCACCCCACCACACCUCUCUCACCUCCUUCCACACCACCCCCUUCCCUCGGCAGGGUAGAGGUGGAGGUGAUGGUGGAGGCCAGCUGCAGCCAUGGCGGACCAGGGGUGAUUGGCCUAUCCCCUGAUCCCCAGGAUGAAGCACUGUCCCUAUCAAGAAGGGAAGGUGCAGACCCUCUGGACCCGCCAGAUCCCCAGGAUGAAGCGCUGUCCCAAUCAAGAAGGGAAGGUGCAGACCCUCUGGACCCGCCAGAUCCCCAGGAACCCCAGUCCCUUUACAAAGACAUCUGGAGCCUUCGUGCAACACUGGAAAAAUACGCCGCCUCCGACCACAGCAGCAACAACGACAGGAACUCCGUCUGCAGCGAUGUGGAGAGUGUGUGUUCUCUGGGGGGGCGCACAGAGAGAGGAGUCCCCAGCUACCCAUCCCAGGAGUUAGGGGAUGAGGCAGAGGGUGCAGAGGACAUUUCAAUGUUUAUUGAUGAGAGGUUGGAGGUGAAAGAGGGAAGAAAGAGGAAACAGGGAAGCACAGACUCGGAGCGAGGGAGCAGCGAUGGAGAAACAUCGACUCGUAAACUGCUGCAGAUGGACAGCGGCUACACGUCGAUAGAGGCUCCGUGUCGCGGUCCAGAAGACUUGCGACUGUUUGGGAGCGCCAGCAGCAGCCCGAAGGACAGAACAGCCCACGAGAAAAGGCACCACUUUACCAGCGCAGGGCGAAGUGGCACUAUCGGUGAGAGCUUUGAGUCUCACCACUUUGAGGAGGAACCGGAGGAUGAGAGCUUGUUGGGUGCCAGUGGCGGAGUUUCCAUAGAAACAGGUGCUAGUUCACUUAGCUGGUUACCGUACGGUCAGAUUCUCACACCUCGAGAGGCUGCAACGCCUUCGCCUCAACCGCUAAUGCUGAUGCGGCGAGACUACAGCAUAGAUGAGAAGACGGACGCCCUCUUCCACGAGUUCCUCCGUCACGACCCUCAGUUUGACCAGCAGGAGUCGCCGCAGAGGAAGCACCGCUCACGGAUUCACCUCCGCCAGCAGUGGCAGCGGCACAAGCAGUGGAGCGACCCGGGUGUUAGGUACUUCCAGACCUCUUUUGAAAGACAGAGAACCCCGCUACGGAGGGACAGUGUGAACUACCCUCUGGACACGAGCUACCACAGCACACUCCCCCGCAUCGUCAGCGCUCCUGACGAGGAGGCCAGCGACAGGACGGGCAGCACACCCGACACGCCAAAGGUUGAGCCUCCGACUGGGGAGCGGGGGAAAAACAGGGAGCAGGGUGUCACCGAAAUCACAUCCUCUUCUCCCCCUUGUGAUCUCUCCCUCUCGGAGCAAGAUGGAGGGCAGGUUGAGCACCACGACCCUCAGGAGGACAGCAGACAGUCCGGACUCCCUCCUGAUCCCCCGGACUCCCUCUGGCUCCUUCAGGCGCCCGACUCCCCAGGCCACGGCCCGCAGACCAUCACAGCAGAGCUCACGGACAAACUGACUGCUAACCUGGGCGAGAGGCUGUACAUGGGCCUGCGCAGGGCCAGGGACACAGCCGCUGAGUGUGUGACGGUGACGGCCACACACACUUCUCCGGACCACAGCCCAGUGUAGCAGGGCUCCAGCCGCCCUCCUCGUCACUCCUGCUGAAACAGCUUUUUCUUUCCGUUUGAUUUGUCCCGACUCAGUUUACAUGUCAUUGUCAGCUUGAAUGGUGUGAUCCAGACCCAUAAACACACAAUGGAAAUGUCUGUCUGUCUUCAUAUCUGCUGUCAUUAAAUGUUCAAUGUUGCCAUUUUACUAAGCUAACUUAUCAAAAAAAAUCUAUUAGUAAUAGUUGUGUUCAUUGAUUGUUUUCUGUCUCUACUGCUGCCUUCUUGUCUCUGCUCUCCAGUAUUAAUAAGUGAAGCUGAGGGCCAACAUGGCCUCUGUACUUGUUGAUCCACUGUGAAACCAGGUGCUAUUAGAUGAGUAGAAACCUAGAGAUCUGGACGCAACAGCUGGUCCCAUGAUCAUGCAUUGGUGGAAAAUAAGUAUGUGUAUCACUAUUCAUGAGCUAAAAAUGACUCCAUUGAUGAUUAAUCAAGUCUUGUGAGACCAACAGCUAGUUGAUCACACUAGCUGUUUAGAUGAGUCGUUCCGACCAGGUGGCGGUCUU